AUGUUUAUCCUCUCCUUCUCGGCAAUACCAGCCAAUAAGGUGCACAACCGACCCAUACCCUUCCUCAUAAUACGACCACAAGCUGUCAACCUCCAUAGGCAGCACAAGCAGCUUUCCUUCCUCUGGCGAGAACUUGUACGCGAACAGCUUAACGCACCAGAGAAAGUAGACCAUGCCAUCGCCGACUUUGAAAUGCACCGCCUUGCCAGAGAUAGGGAUGUAUUCAGAGAAUUUGUCAACAAUGGUGACAGUGGUCAAGAUGACAGCAUUGCAGUUGAAGCAAAAGAAAAUCACGCAGCCCCUCGCUCCCACCUCCUCCGCUUAACUCCUUUCCUUCCGCACCCCAAUCCUCUCGCCUCCUCCUCGCGCACGGCCGCACUCCAAGACCCCUCCCAACGCACGCCCCUUGGUGUAUCCGCCUCCUCUCGUGCUGCCACUCGCCGGCCUCCUGCCCUUGUCGUUCCGCGCCUCCAGCCUCCUCCGGCGUCGCCACGUGAGGGCCCCAUCGCCUCGCUGCGCCGCGCCCCUGCCACCUGCCGCUCAACUACGCGCCGCCGCCUCCCCACGGCCUGUCGUGCCGGUCGCUUGCUGUGCAGCCGUGCGCCGCCCCCUUCGGUGAGACAAGCAAGCAACGAAGCAGCAGGGACUAUGUUCAUCAGGCGAGCGCACACAUUUGGGAGGCAAGAAAAGGCUCUGGACGUUGGCCAUCAGCGAGAGCUCAAAAAACACCGGAUCGAUCAGGGACAAGGCGGAUUGUUGUUGGCCAAGAUUUGAUUUUCUCUUGGGAAUUUAACGCACUAGUUCCUUCAUCCAUGUGCUACUAAAAAUUGUUUAGUUUAUCCCAAGAUACUACGUAUGU